GUUGGCAACACUAGCAGCACUGCUGGAAGUCUUGUGUGUGUGUGUGUGUUGUUGCUGCUGGUUGCUGUUCUGGUUUGUGCUUCUAAGGGUUUGAAUCAAAGCGCAAGAUGAUAUUUCACUUCCGUGAUGGGCACUUCUGAGUGGCACAGCACAUGAGUAUUGUGGCGCACAAUUCGGAACAUGCAGCGUCGCGGUGGAAUGUGCCGUGACAGCCGGAGAGAAGACGGCGACCAUGGUACAGGUGAAGAUGACGGUCGAGUUCGCAGGCACCCUCCCGGUCUCAGGGGUCGAGAGAUCGGCCUCUUUUACGCGAGGCAAAGCAGGAACCGGCGUCAGAUGCGCCAGCAGAAGAUACACCAGAGCGUCACCAUCCCAGCUGACUGUGAACUGGAGCUGUCUCACGCCUUGGCCGAAGUGCGCUCGGAACGUCCCGGCAUAGCAGGUGCCUUUGACAAGUCUUCCUUCAAUGUUUUGGAACAUUUCUCGACCGGAGGAGGUCGCGCUGCACGCUACGCGUCGAGACCGUGUGACUCGAAGCUCGACCAACAGCUGCUCGACUCCUUCCACGAGAAUCAACGACUGCCACGUGUGCAACAGAUGCUGCAGUUUCGAAAACGGCUGCCCACCUACAAGAUGAGAGAGGAAAUCGUGGAGCUGGUGGAGACCAGUCGAGUGGUGGUGAUAAGCGGAGAGACUGGUUCGGGGAAGACCACCCAGAUCCCGCAGUUCAUUCUGGACCAUUACAUAUGCAACAAGAAAGGGUCGAGCUGCAAAGUGAUCUGCACUCAGCCUCGCAGGAUCAGCGCCAUUUCCGUCGCGGAACGUGUGGCGGCAGAGCGAGGGGAACGCUGCGGAGACGGGAGUAGCGCCGGCUACCACAUUCGCCUCGAAUGCAAGGUGCCUCGCGAUUCUGGCUCCAUUCUCUUCUGCACGACGGGAAUUCUCUUGCAGCAGCUGCAGAGUGACCCCUUCAUAUCAGCCGCAUCACAUAUCAUCUUGGAUGAAGUUCACGAACGUGACCUGCAGACUGAUUUUCUCUUGGUCAUCCUCAAGGAGUUGCUUUGUGCUCGUCCCGACCUCCGCAUCAUCCUCAUGAGUGCUACCAUCAACGCGCAUCUGUUCUCAGAAUAUUUUGGGGGUUGUCCCAUGUUAAAGAUCCCAGGCGUUGCUUUUCCCGUCGAAGUGUUCCACUUGGAGGAUGUCAUUGAAGUAACAGGAUAUCGAGGAAACGACACGAGGAGAAGAAAGCAGUCCCACAUUGAAGUAGAUGGCGCUUUCUUACGGAACCUACAAGGAAGGUACUCCUCUCGGACAGUGGAUGUUUUGAAAGAGUGGAACGAAGAUGACCUGGACCUGGAGUUGGCGUCUGUUCUUGUGCGACACAUCUGUAACACGAAGCCUGAUGGCGCCAUCCUUGUCUUCCUGCCUGGCUGGGAAGCUAUCAGCGAACUGAACAAGAUGCUGGCUGGGCUUCGUGCGCUGGUCAUCCCUCUGCACUCCAUGAUGCCCACAGUCAACCAGAGGGAGGUAUUCGACAGACCACCACCCGGAGUUCGCAAAAUUGUUCUGGCUACGAACAUUGCUGAAACAAGCAUCACAAUUGAUGACGUCGUGUACGUUAUCGACUGCGGCAAGAUGAAAAUGUCGAACUUUGACGUGGAGAAGAACCUCGCCACACUGCAGCCCGAGUGGGUGGCUGCGGCCAAUGCACGACAACGCAAGGGUCGUGCUGGCAGGGUGCAGCCCGGCACAUGCUAUCGUCUCUAUACGUCCUGGAGGGAAAUGCAGCUGGAAGCGUACCAAGCACCGGAGAUGCUGCGCACCAGAUUGGAGAACCUGAUACUGAAGAUAAAGAUUCUGAAGCUGGGGAAUGCGCAACAGUUUCUGGAAAAAGCCAUGAACCCUCCCUCGCACGAUGCCGUACGUCUCUCAGUCGAGUUCUUGGAAAGUCUGAAAGCACUGGAUGAGAUGGAGAUGCUAACUCCCCUGGGGUACCACUUGGCCCGGCUUCCUCUUGAGCCUCAGACAGGAAAGAUGAUAAUCCUUGCCUGCAUCUUCUCCUGCCUCGAUCCCAUCCUUACGGUGGCUGCAAGUCUGAGCUUCAAGGAUGCCUUCGUCAUUCCACUGGGAAAAGAAAAAAUUGUGGACAUGACCAAGUUGCGGUUUGCGGGCGACACCAGGAGCGACCACCUUAUGCUAGUCAACGUCUUUCAUGAAUGGGAAAAGGCGAAACAGGUGGGCAAAGAAGGCUAUUUCUGUUACGAAAACUUCCUGUCCAGGUCGACGCUACAUAUGCUCGCAAACAUGAGGAAGCAGUUCGUGGACUACCUCAGGGACCUGAAUUUCAUCAACACUUCCAACGCUAAAGAUCCACGGUUCAAUCGGAACUCUGAUAGCAGCAAGGUGGUGACGGCAGUCAUCUGCGCAGGACUGUACCCAAACGUGGCCAGGGGAAGCUUUACGAAGAACCAGAGACUGAAGACAUUGUGUACAAAGACAGAGAAAUCUGUGGUACUUCAUCCAAAGUCUGUCAAUUGCAUGCAAAGUGGAUUCUGGAGCGAAUGGUUCGUGUACUACACCAAGAUUAAGUCGACGAGGGUGUUCCUGCAUGAUGUGACACCUGUCUCUGCACUUCCUUUGCUGCUCUUUGGAGGGCUGCUCAAGCUAGAUGGGUCACUUGUGCUGCUGGAUGGCUGGAUCUCUAUGGCAUGCCAGCCUGAACUAGGCAUACUGAUCAAGGAGGUGCGGCGAGAGCUCGAUGGAAUCCUGGAAAAGAAGAUAAACCGGAAUGGGGACGACCAGUUAUCUGGCGCGCAGAUGCGCCUUCUAGACGUCAUCGUCCACAUUCUGUCCAGAGAGACCAGCAGCAUUCCAGAUAUGUUUCCCAGCAACAAAGAACAACUGUGAUAAAGUUUAGUUUUUAUUGCUUCUUCACCUUCUGCUCUGAUGGGGGAACCUGCAAGCAGAGGAGAUGAAAGUGUCAGUGCUGUGGUACAUAGUAUGUACAUAUGUGGUAUGGACAGCUAUAAUGGACAGCUAUAAAGUGCAAACAUUUCAAA